CCGCUUUGUAAAUAUCUCAAACUCUUUGGGUUUUCCUUUUCUAAAAACUUUUCUAUUUUCUAAGAAAUUUUUGAUUCAGAAAUGAAUAAAACCCCAGAACAAGAGAAAGUCGAGGUGGAAGCUGCCUUCAAGAAAAUGGAAUCCUACAACCCCACCGAUAAAACGAUUAAGGUCGCCGACUUUGAAAACUUGUUGGUGAAAGCGCUCAACUAUCCGACUACCCCGGAACAAGCCGCCAUUUACAAAAAGAUGUGGGACGGCCCGUUCGGCGGGGUAAUUCCGCUCGACGUCUUUCCCGACAAAUGGGUCGCCCGGGGGGACGACGUGGAAAUGAUGAGAAUCCUGAUUCACGCGAUGGAUCGAGAUAAAAACGGAUUUGUCGACAGCGAAGAAUUGCACACGAUAGCGAACGCUUUAUUCGCGCACAAUCCAAGUUUUCGCAAAACCGAUUACGGCAAGUUUGUCGUGGAAGCGGAUACGAAUCAAGAUGGGAAAGUGAGCAUUGAAGAGGCCGUCGUGUGGUUUGCGAAGGAAGGGGGACGCGCUUGAAGAUUUGGGGAAGUGGGAAUAAUGGAAAAUUUAAAUAUCUAUGAAUCUGCCUCGAAUCUAUUUGCAUGGAGGUUUCAAAUUUGGGAAAUAACAGUUUAGAAUAUUGGGAGAAAUUUAAAUUUAAUGAGUUUUUUGGAGGUGGCAGCAUUUACGAAUUUGCGAGUGGAGAAAAAGCGUAAGGGAGUAGAAUAAAUUUAUAUUUAAAAAUAUAAACAUUAAUUCUCCGGUUUCGUAAUUAAUUUUAAAUAUGUCAUAAACUAUUUAUAACAAUUUCUAACAUUCUUUAAAUUUCAUGAGCCGUUCCGAAAAAUGUCUUCCACAUACA